AUGGGAAGUCGCCCACAAUCACGCGACGAAACAUCUUUUCCAGCCGGGAAUACGACAAUCUCAUCGUACACAUCAGAACGACCUGAGGCUCUCAGUACAUUUCCACUUGGUCAUCCUAUGCAAAGUUAUUCACCUCAGCACCGCCCAAUGACUGAAUAUCCGCACGAGUCUCGGCCUACGGAGUUGUGGAACAUGGAACCAUCUGUAGCGAAUAACGAACGACUCGAUCCUCACUUAUCAGCUGGAACGCGUGGGAGUGCAGGGACACCGAGAGUGCAACUGCCGCAGAUCGAGACACCCCUUCUUAGACAGCCGUACAUGUCCUCCUACCCGUCGAACGGUGAGUCCCUAUCACCAAUAUUUUACGACUAUUACUCCAAAAUGGUUAGAUCUACUAUUUAUAGGAAGUACCUUUGA